AUGGCACCAGAGAGGCUGGCCACCCGGGCGAAGGAGCUGGAGGAGGGCCUGUUGUACAGCGACCGCCUGGCGCUGGACACCAGCGACGUCCUGAGGUCGCUCAUCGGCCGUCUGACCGAGUUCUCGGACGCCACGUCCACCAUCCGCACACGGGCGCACGCCCUGACGAUCGCGUCGCAGAACGUCCGCCAGGUUCGGGAGCGAUCCGAUGAGCUUCUGGCCAGCCUCGACACGUCUCGGCGCGUGCGCUACUCCAUCUCUCGCGGCCCUGGGGGCAACCAAUUGGAUGCCUUCCUCGCAGCGGUGGAUGAGUUGGACGCGUCGAUCGAGCUCCUGUCGCAGCACGCAUCGAUGUCCAGCGUGCCGGCGGCGCUCAUGCACGCCAAGCAGAUCCAGAAGGAGGCGAUGCAGGCGUGCGCGGCGGACUUCGCGUCCACGCUGUCGGCGCACUCGAGGCUGGACGUGGCUGCCCAGGCGCAGAGGGGGGAGCCAAUCUGCCUCGUGAACGAGACGGCGGUGAACAGGCUGCAGGUACUGGCCAACACGAUGAUCAAAGGCGGCUACCGCGGUUUCAAACAGGUGUAUGUGGAGCUCCGGUCAGAUGCGUUUGAUAGGAUGUUCUAUGAAGUGGGGACGAGGGACAUGUCCCAGGUUGGGGAGCGUUCGGCAGCGGAACAGGUCGAGGCACGAGUGCAAGUCUGGACGAAAGCCGUUGGCAUCCUUGAUGCUGUGUUGAGGGAAGACAGACGUCUGGCCCAGGCAGUGUUCGACGGAAUGGAGAGCUGUGAAGUCUUCACACAGACCAUCGAAAAGACAGUCGUGGCCGUGGUGCAGCACGGGAGGGAGAUAGUCAACAGCAGGUACCAGUCCCAUGACAAGAUGUUCUUCCUGCUGGACAUGCACCAGCUCUUCGAGCGGGUGCUGGCAUCCCUCAAGAGCGUCCUGUGCGAUGGCGAGGGCCAGAAGAAGAUGUUCAGCGACCUCGUGACACUGAAGCACCAGACUGCUCGGGAGGCGCGCAACAUCCUCACCCAAUUCGGCGAAUCUGUGGCUGGGGACCCUGGCCGCAAGGAGCUGCCAGAUGGCACUGUGCACCCACUCACUGCCAACACCCUGGGCUUUCUCAAGCGCCUGCUGAAGCACAAGAGUUUCCCUCGCGUCCUGUAUGGGGACAGUGAUGCAUCUGACGUAGGCGAGGACGCUGAGGCAUCGCAGUACCAGUUGGGCAACCAGAUGUCUAUGCGUGUGAUGCACAUCUUGAUGGGCCUGGUGGAGAACCUUGAGACCAAGGCCCAGGUGUACAAAAACAAGGCCCUGUCAGCCAUCUUCUCGAUGAACAACAUACGAUUCAUCAUCACAUCUAUGGAGCUGUCCAACGCGAUCAGCCUGCUGGGCGAAGAAUGGGUGCGGCGGCAGGAGGCGCUGGUGCAGGGCUACGCACAACAAUACCACCAGAUCGCCUGGAAGCCCGUGAUCCGGGCGCUGGCAGUUGGCAACAUUGAGGGCGGGGAGCACAAGAGGAAGGCGGCCGUGAAGGAGCGGUUCAGGACUUUCAACGACAUAAUGGCCGAUGUGCAUGAGACGCAGAGCGAGUGGUCCGUGCCCGACCCGGACCUCAAGGCAUCCAUCAAGAAGGCAAUACUGGACGACCUGGUGCCUGCAUUCCAGGAGUUCAUGGUGUCCUUCCAGAGCUUUGCGUACAACAUGACCAAGAAUCCUGAGAAAUAUUUUAAGUACACGGCAGAGAAGCUUAUCCACAUAGUCAACAAGGAUUUCUUCGAGUCAAGAGUGCUGUCCCAUUCGAAGGACGCCAAGAAAUCUAAAUUGGACGCGCUUUGA